UCAGAGCCUGUGGGAUGGAGUUCCAGCACAUUACUUUCCAUCUGGAUGCUGCUCUGAGCACCUUUAAUGAAGACAGCUGCAUCUCUCCAAACUUUACAAGACUCCAGAGUGUCCAACAAACACGUCCAAAGCUCUUUUAAAAGUAACUUUGCCUAAAACACACAAACGAGGGCAUCGAGAUAGAGCUUUACACAGCCAAAGCAUGAAGCUCCAGUGCAUUCCUCUUCUUAUCUGCGCUUUACUCAUUGGCGAGUGCUGCGGGUCUCGUCUGGACCGCUGGGUCAGAACUGGGCUUCAGUACCUGAAGCUCAACCUGUGCCGGAGGGUCUCCUUACCGGAGAGCGAAUGCAAGAAGGUGUCCCACCUGCACCUGAGCGGGGUGGUCGUGUACGUGUCCGAGUCCGGCUCGGGGAAAGUGCUCGCGAUACUGCCGGAUUCCUACUCGAGCGGUGCGCUGCAGUCCAAGCACAGCGGGUUCUCGGCGGACGCGAGCGCGGAUGAUGUGAGCAGGACGAAUGAAGAGCUGUACCCAGGCGCGAGCGCGCAUGACGCCGUGCUGCUUCUGGACCCCAGUCCCGGAGAGAGUUUUGGACACCCGGUCGUUCUGUUCUAUGUGGACUUCAACAUAACCAAGAAGAAAUGUGCUCAUAUGGACGGCAUUUAUCUGGGGGAGGAAUGCUUGACGAUGGCUGUGAAAACACGCUGCCAGAACCAGCUGAAGCGGAGGAGGAGUCGUAGCGAUCGCAUGGCGAGCCGAGCGAGGGCCCGCAGGAGCACAGUGGCCAGACCCAGCCGUGUGGAGCACAGCAGCGGACUCUGUGAGAUUCACUUUCUCCCUCUGGUUGUGGGAGUGAAAGACAGCAACCGAACACAACGCCUGCGCUGUGUAGAUCACCCAGACUUUGCCAGAUGCCCACAGCCUUUGCCACUGACCAGCCCCAGCGUGCCCAUCUCCAGCUGCGAGCUCAAUAAAAACACCCGACGGUGCCAUCAGCAACGCCUGGCCACACACCUGUCCUGCCGCCUCUACCAGACCUGUGAUCACGCGGUUCUCUUGUCAGGUGGCUGGCAGGAGCAGAUAACAUACCAGCGGCAUGCGCAGAACCUGCAGCUCUUCUACCAGAUGCUGAGGAACAACGGCUUCCAUAAGGACCACAUAAAGACGUUCUUUGCUGGGAACGGACAGGUAGCAGCUAAAGAGACAGAGGGGAUGUAUCCAGCCACAGAGAAAGAGGUGAUCAGGAAUCACAUUUCCUACAUCUGCCGAAAGCAGCACUGCGUGGAUUCCCUGGUUUUGUACUUGAACAGUCCCACACGCAAUGACGGCACCAUGAUGCUUUGGGACCGCAAUAACAACGGCAUUGCAGAUCUGAAGGAGCGUUACUCCGUGGGGGAACUGUUGGCAGAUCUAGCCGGUUGCAAGGCCAGCCGGGUGCUGCUCUUUGUGGAGCAGAGCUACAGUGGGGCCCUCAGCAAGAGACUGAUGGGAUCUCUCAAACACGUCAAUGUCGUGCUGCUCAACGGGCUGCCCUGGGUGCAAACAGCUGAGUUCUGGUCCUCUCUGCACCCAUCUGACUGCCUCAUAGACCACCUCAGUAAGAGUUCUGUGACGUCCCAACUGCGUGAUGCUGCUCUGGGUCUGGUGAACGUGACUCUGGCCGGUGCUCCGUGUAACUCCACCCCACCCCUCACCGAGGCAGAGAUGAGGAAGGAGUACAUGGGCUGCCAGAACCUGCCUACAGCUCUGUGGUACCAAAAACGUCCCAAGACUGACAACAGCAACUGACCACUUCCAGGAUGCUUCCUGACAACUCUACUGUUUCCAAUACAUAAUUCGGACACUCCAGUGGAGUACUUCCAUGGAAAACCAGCACCAACGAGUAGUCCUAGAAGUAUGAUUUUGUGUAAUGUACAAACUUCAAAUCCAUGACCAGCCCUUUCCUCUCACAAACACAAGAUCUACCUGUGUGUUGGCACUUAAUUCACCUCGAUGAUGCACAUAAACCCUGACAAGCUGUUGAGGAACGGAGACUGCAUAAUGUGUGCUUAAGAAGAGACGGUAAUGCAGGACUGAGAGAGAGAACGCGUCUGACAUGUCCUCACUGUGAACCUCAGUUCCGCUGCUUGUCGCUCCCGUAGAAGGCGUCCCGUGGGGAGCGUCCCAUGCGAACUUCUCCUCUUUCCGCCUGCCGCGGGGGUUCAGCGCAGGGGCAUCCGCGCUCCUUUACCAGAGUGCUCUUCCGUGGGUCAUCGCACAGGGCGCGCCUGGAACUGAACAAUGGUGACAAGGCCACUCUGAAACACACCUCGCACUCACUUGAACAUUUCAGGACAAAUCUCCUUGUCCCUCCUUCAGCUCAAUUAGGGACAGGGCGGUCCAGCAUGAUUUAGUAAUGAGAAAUGUUCCCUCACCACGUCUGGACCCUAGCAGACACUGGGCUCUGCAAGCAUGUACUUAAGUCAGACCUCUUAUUCCACGCUGAACUAACCACUCUGUCCACAGUAUUACCUUAUCACCGCAAACAUUUAAACGCCAACCAAUGAUAAUGUUGACAAGUGACGAGAAGGUAUUUAAGGCUCCACGCCAGCUCCUGUGGGAAUUCAUACACAUUCUUUAGAAAUUACAUACAGUAGGACAACAUUUUUUUCCCGCAGUCUCCGCAUCUUCUCUCUUCAGAAACAUACACUAACAUUCAAAAGUUUGGGGUCGGUAAGAUUUUUUAAAAAGGCUCUAAUGCUCAACAAGGCUGCAUUUAUUUGAUCAAAUAUACAGUAAAAGUGGUUAAAUUGUAAAAUAUAUUACUAUUUAAAAACAAAUCUUUUAAUUUAUUUUUAUUUAAUAUACUGAUUUGGUGCUCAAGAAACAUUAUUGAGAACAGUUUAAAUAGAAUAGCAUUCAUUUGAAGUCACAUCAUAAAUGCCUCUCUAAUUUUUGAUCAAUAUAAGUAUCCUUACUGAAUAAAAUUAGUACUUCCUUUCUUUCAAAAAACAAACAAAAAAACGUACUAUCCCCAAACUUUUCAAUCGGCUUCCACAUGGGCUCCACUUCCUUCUUGAUUUCCCCAUUAUAUAUUGAGGUGAGCGGGUCAAAGCUCCAUCAAACCUCAGUGUAGUCAAUCAUUAACUCUUCGUCUAAGCCUAAAUCAUUACAGAUAAAUAUCUGUUUUUGUAUAGUUCAGAAAUGUGUUAUCCUGUAAAUAUAUCUGUCAUCUUCUACUUAAUGAAUAAAUUGUAAUGUCAAUUGUCUUAAAGGAAUAUAUAUGUACUUGUUUGUGUUAAACUGUAGCUGGAUUGAAAAGAUGUAAAUACUCUAAAUAAAUUAACUUUUGUACAUAG